UGGUUGUGCUCAAGAUUGUGUUUAUAUUUUGAAUGUCUAUUGAAAGAUGUCGCUCUGAUCUUCUGAUUCUUUAGAGCUCUUCAAACGAGAAGUCUCAAUUUUAGAUUUUCCAAAAGAUUUUCAUUCAUCGGGACUUUUCUGUAUUUGCAGACGAUUAUAUGAUUGGCCGUAACGAUAUUUAUUGUUGCUUUUGAUAUUGACACUUUGGAUAUUAAUCUUGGACUUCCAAAACAUUAUGAUGGGAAGCCUCAGUAUUUCACAGAUCUUUCACUGCAAGAAGAUCAGGCGUUCCUGCAGAUUAGAAAGCAAAGAAAAAGCAGAAACCUUUGAGAAAAGAAUAAAGGAUGGACCUCUUGGUUACUUUGAAAUUCUCCCCCUUGAGUUGAAAUUUCACCUGCUCAGCUACAUUCCAGUUGAAGAUCUAAGUAUGUUGACAAUCUCCUCAAAAAAUAUGCGUAACCUGAUAGAGGUUUAUAGACUGACCAACAAUGCCAAGAGGCACCUGAUGUCCAAACCUCUCACACACACUGUCAUGUCCAUUAGGGACCAGAUCACAUAUGUUGAACAGUUCAAAAAACUGGGGCUAUUAAUGAAAAGAUCAACCUGUCUGUAUACAACUAAAGAUAGACUGAGAAUUGUGGAAAGAUUCCUUUCGAAGUAUCUGUGUGGCAAUGCAGACAAGUGUACAGAUCCCACUCACUGUAUUGCCUUGGUGUGUUUUGGCAAGUUCCUGCAUACGGUGCUCAAUGGAUGGGAUGAUAUGGAGCUCAUUAGAACAUUUGAGACGAUGAGCAUCAACUCAUAUAUGUGGAAAAAUUUAGGGAUUAUUGUCAAUAGCAAACCAGGUUCCAACCCUAAGCAUGAGUACCAUGCCAGAUUAUUCUACAGGAGGGUGUUCCUGGACCAAGUGGAAAAGGUACAAGACAGGAUAUUCUGGAUAACUCGCAUAUUAAAGCCAUGGCCCAUGGUGCAUCAGGCUAGACUCCUAUUUCUCCUGUAUGGACCAGUUUCAGCAGAGGAGAUUCAAUGGUAUGAUGUUUGUGAGAACUGUCCAGCAAAUAGACACCAAGCCAAGUUGUGCUUUGGAGAUAUUGCUGACAUACUGCGUCUUCUCCACACUCAAGGCAAGGAGUGGUCAGAAGAUGACAUCAUCAGUGUCCUUGAUGAGAUCACAAGCUCACCAGAUGAUUGGUUAGCAGAGAAUGUUGCUCAUCUACUGUUCCAGUGUGGUGACCAACUGACACUGAAAGUGAUGGGAAGUAAAGCUGUGAAUGGCAGGCUAGCUGAGUUGGCUAGUAUCAUUACAUCUUUGUGUCUGGUGUGUAUAAAGCAAGAUUGCCCUAUGACUUGGGUGACAGCCAUCGUCCACAGAAUCAGCUCUAUCCUGGACAGCUCAAAAGACAAGCAGAUGUUCAUGUCAUGCAUCAUUGACACCUUCAGAGAGGUUAUAAUUGAUCUACAUGAAUUCUCUGUUGAUGCAGAUGAAGACAGAGACAUAGAUUUCCAGUAUGUUCUAGAUGCACAGUCAGAAUUCCUCAAAGAAAUGCUCUCUCUAUCAACAGGGAAACCUACCUGAGAACAAUGACAUCAUUCAGCCUUAAUAAACCUGAAUUUGCUCAUAAACUUGUCACGGGACAAACAGGGACACAAGCCAUAGUAUCUGCAGACAUGCAGCAAAGCGUAGAUGUAUGAUUGACAAUAACAGGCAGGUCUCAACGUUGGCCUGUUACUAUACUUUGAAAACUGCAAUAUCGAACAAAUGAAUUUGUGGGGACUGUUGUAAUGGUGCAAUGUUUAACUUAUCAAAGAUUCCCAUCACCGAAUUUUUGAAUUUGUGGAUCAAUGCAAGUGACAUUGAGUGAUUAACAGUUAUUCUAUAUGUGUCCUGCUGGAAUAUCUUUGCAUAAAGAGAAAUCCAUCAAGUAAUAUAAGUUUGAGAUGUAUCUACACUGCCACAUACAUGUAAUAUGUGUGUCCACACUUCCAGAUGUGUCCACACUACCACAUACAUGUAAUAU